CUCGAUCUUAGAAGCCGCUACACCUCGGACUGCUGAAUGAAGAUUUGUGUCCAACAUCUCGAAAGCGGUUUUCCACUUUGCCAUCAAAAAGUUGAAGUUCUACUUCGCAAUCGCAACACCAACGAAGGUCCACAAGAUGUUUUACUCUAGCAGUGCGCCUUCUAGUGCGCCAGGACCUGGAGAUGGCGGCUCCUCAUCUAGCACCACUGGCAACAGUCACUUCAUUCCACGGCGUAUGACCUCUUUUCAGCCUGCGCCACGAACGAAUUCCCUGAUGUUGCACAACAUCCUACCAGCAAAGACAACUGCUUCGUCUCGUGCCUGCUCUUUUGACCAUGGCGGCGCUUCAGUAGAUCAGCAUGUAAGGGUAAGGCUGAGGAUGCCCAGCGUAGGGUUGCGGAUGCCAGCCACAUCACCUGCAGCUGCAUCGCAGAGCAUUGCCGCUGGUGCUGGUGGAGCUGUAUCUUCUACUUCUAGUGCACAACAAUACAUGGUUGUAGAUACCACGAACAGUAGUUGUGCGCCAGUAGCCGCGUCAACGAGAGGCUUGCUCAAUACAAACGGCAUAGCUGGAGUAGCUUGGCACAACAACAACAGUGCUAUUGGACGGAAAACACCUGGAGGUAGUCUACUCCUGAGGGAAACCCCUUCGGCUUCAUCUGCUGGUGGCGGUGGUGGUGCUUCUGGUGGUGCUUCUGGUCAAGCUAGUAGUUGGGACUACACGAGCAAACGUCCGCCUUCGGGAGCAUCUUCAGGAGUGUCCUCUACUACGACAAGAACGUCUCCUGUCCUAGAAGUCUGUUCUAGAAGAGGUAAUAUCCAUACUGGAACUGGUGCUCGUGACGUCACUCACACUUCGACUUCCAACAAACAACUGAAUAUGAUAAGUUCCCCAAUUAUAAUCACCGGCGCGGGCUCUGCUACUCCUACUUCAUCGAGUCCCGGUCUGGCUCCAGGAGGCCAUCAACGGGCCACGGCUACUCCCUUACAGGGUCGAACUACGCUCAUUUCAACGCCAAAUGCCACAACUAACCAAGAGUCUCCUCUCGUGGUACCUUCAUUAAGGCGAGUUUAUCCCUAUCCCAUGUGGACUGUGCUCCUCAGUGGAUUCCCCUUAGAAGUCAAGGGAAACCUUCUAAGGGGAAAGAAGGCAAGUCGUGGUUACUUAACGUUAACCAUGGAUAGUGAAAAACUACCUUUAACUUGAGCUUCCUCACCUCCAGCCCGUAGAUCCUCUCAAUUGCAGAAAAUUCUACAACAAGACAAUUUAGGCACUUCUAGUACUGCAUUCAGUAGGACUCCGCCAUCUACUUCAAAAAACACUACUCAAACUCAACAUGCACAUACUCGUCUCAAGGAGCCCUUGCCUUCCUUGCCUUUUGCCACCUCUAGUACAGCAUCUUCUUCUUCGACAACUUCCGCUUCACAACAUUACCUCGACGCUGCACCAGCCGACCAUGAUACCCAUCGUGGUCGGCGUUCCAGUUUACUCUCCUCCUCAACGAGACCUCCACGACCUAGCUCCUCCCGGCCUAGUCCCUUUCGUGGUGGCAGCAAGACACCAACGCCGAAAAAAAAUAGCAGUCUGGUCAUAGAACAUCAAGUUCUAGUAGAACGACAAGGCUCGGGUAGCUGGUCAAAUUCAAAACAACAAGGAAUACAAGGUGGUCGAGCAGGUGUAAGGGCGGGUCAAGCAGGUGUAAAGACCAAUGAUGUACUAAGGACUAGCUCAACAUCUAUGCCAACAAAUGCCUCGUCUACCGUAUCCACCACGCAACAUGGCAAAACGGGAGGACAGGGAGCAUCCUCUGGCCCCUCUUCUGUAUCAGCUGCUUCCUCAUCAACAAGGCGUCUUUCCAACAGUAGAAACGAUUCCACUUCUGUGCGCAGAGUCUCAUCCAGACGCUCAUCUUCAACCGGAAAAAUCUACGAACCACCGUCAAAAGACAAGGCACGAGAGCGAGAGCCUACUUCUACAGCUAAGCCUACGUCGACGGCUACUUCAGCUCACCAAUAUGAUCUUCAGAGAAAAGGGCAAGCGCCGUCCGUAGCACAUAUGCCAUUCACUGUUGGCAACGUUAGUACAACCAGGGUAUAUGCACCUAGAGGCGUUAAGGCACUUUUUAUAGGUAGAAAAAGUACUAAGAAAAACAAUAGAUCAAAUGUACGAGGAUUUUGUAAGGAGAUUUUUGUUGACUUCAUCGGAUUUCAUUUAUGAACCCUGUCGAAAUUGUUUCUCAAACUUACUCGUCAAAAAAAGACUUAUACUGAUCAUUUAGAUUCAGUAACUUCAUAAUUUGUACAACAUAGUUAGCGAACUUCGUCCUCCUCUUCUGCUAUCUUCGCUAAUGCUGCUGCCACUACCGCACCAAGUUCCUCCUCGCCCGUUGAUCCUUCCACCAGUACAAAUGCUGCCACAAGCACAACAUCAGGCCCUUCACAUUCUACGACUUCUGCCGCAGCAGUGGCCACAGGCGUCACUAGAGGACACGUAUUGCAUCGUAGUGGACAACUUGAUUUUAGUGCUAUGAGACGGAUCCGGUCUCCCGGUUUGCCCUCUGCCGCUGAAAUGCUGAGACAGUCCUUGAGUACAGUUCGAACAACACCUGCUACGCCGUAUUUUCCAUCACGGACUAUGGCUAUGCCUUCCUCUAGUACUUGUGGAAAAGGAAAUUCACCACUCUUACCAGGAGGGUCGACGUCGUCGAUUUCGAGUCAGCAACCACCUCUAAAUCAUUUCCCUCCGCAAGCUCAACACCAGCAACAACAGCGUAGGAGCCCUUCGUCUGAUCUUCCAAUUCGUGAGAUUCGAAAUUGUAGAGGUAUUUCCAUUUUCCAACAGGAACGAAUCGGUCAGAACCCCCACCACGACUUGGUGCAGCGUGAGCCGCCACGACCACAGCAGGUUCCAGAACCAUCUCCGAGGCCCACUGAAGAUGCUGGGAAUAUUACUGCUGGUGCUUUAGAUGAUCAUGAUGGUGAAGAAGAAGCAGAAGUGCAAAACGAAAAGGAAAACAAGAACACCAAGAGUACUACAAUCGCAUCCUCUUUCUCGGCCACUCCUAAUGAGCUAUGUUUACCUUCGAUGGAGGAAAGCUCGGUUAUGAGAAACACAAAACGAAGCAAGAUGUUGAAGCGUAGCGAUGGUUGUAGCGGACGAGGAUCAACUGCUUUACCUUCAUCAUCGUCUUCCAGUACGGCCCUUCCUCGUGGUCGCGUGCAAACGUGCGCCUCUUUGAGGUCCCCCCACGCCGUCGCACCUAGAUCAUCCCCAAGAUUUGCAGGUCGUCAGCCUCCUGUUUUUGCUAGUAAGUCGACGUCCAGUGUGGGAGCUGCUGCUGCAGGUGCCACGCCCUCCUGCAAUGGUCCUCUUCAGUUCACCAGUGGGUCGGCAAUGAUGUUUCUCAGUAUGAACAAUACUGCUCGGAUGAAUAGCAGCACCUCGUCCAACGUCGAUGCAACUGGUACAACUUCAAGUCAACAGCAAAUUAGAAGUGCUAGUCAUGAUGAUACACGCCUUCAAAGCGGUCGUGGAAUCACGCUGGAGGAGCAAAAUCAUACUAGAGUAGGAGCACAGGCAACACGACGUGGUAUUGCGACGCCAGACUUGGGUAAGCAGCUACAUCAAUUGCAUGAAGACCACGUGAGAAAGUCUCCUCUAGAUUUAGCGCCACCUCCACCAAAAAAACGCCACUGUCCUCCAAGCAGCUCUUACGUACCGCAAGUAGGAGGAGAUAUCGACGCGAGCUCUUCAAUCGUCGAUGUGUCCGUUGCGAGUCUAGAAGCAUCAGAGGUUUUUGGAAAACGGACGCUGCUCUUCAAGCCGCCAGCGCGUGUUGAAAUGUUGGACGAUGCUGAAGACGAAAGUGCUAAGGAAGCAACAUCAACUACUUUUGCUGGUAAAGUAGAAGCAAAGCCUAGUGCUACAUUUACAUCUUCUUCUCCACCGACAGGAACAGGAUCCUCUUCUCCAGCGGAGACCACGGCUUCGCCACCGCCACCAUCCACUUUUCUAGCAUCCUCUGCUUCCCCACCAUCAAGAAAUGGAAAUGAUGAUCCUUCUGCACCUUCCUCUGCUUCAAGAACUUCAGGUUGUACAUCAUCUUCAUCUACUACUGCGUGGUCUCUUCACCCAGCAGCUGGAGCAAAGUCAAGCUCUUCAACCUCCGCCUCACCCGGUGGGCCUUUUUUAUCACGGCCCAGGCGUGUAAACUCCUCACCGGAAAUGGAGAGACGGAGAUUGUCUGAUGUAGACUUGCUAACCGCUUCCGUAGCAGAACGUGUGCAAUUGUGGGAGAGAGUGGCUUCACCUCCUCCUGGGGAAGAUACUACAACUUCAUCGAGUAUUUUUGACCUUCAAGGCGCUAUCAACUACGCAGACAAUAUUACGCAUGAGGGAAGGGGAGCAACGACAGCAAAUGCACUCCAACUCUUGCAAACAAAGGUGGACUUGUGGCCUUUGGAAGAGGAAGAGACCGUAGAAGUUUUGGUAGAAGAUAUGCGCCACCAAGGUACUAGUAGAACUAGUCAUGGAGAUGUAGUAGGUCAUACUAGUAGAACUAGUCAUGGAGAUGAUGUACAUGUAGUAGGUCAUGGAAAUGUAGUAAAAGAAGAACUGAUCAUGUCCUUGGAAACGCGUAUGCUAUCACAAGACUUGGUUUUGGAGGAUGCGGAUUGUAGUGGUGUUAGCUGCAAAGCUGAGGAACAAGAAGUACAUCACUCCCAGUUGCAGCUAGAAGCUUCCAACCAUCCUGGAUCGGAGAAAGUUUUUCCUGCAGUAGCACAACAGCAACACAGAAAAUCGUCGACGCGUAGGAAAUCAUCUCUGAAAAAUAAAGAUAGAGAUAAUUCAAAGUCAACUACAAAUACAAAAGCUUCGUCAUCUUCCAGUUGUGCUGCAGAAACUAGAGCAUCACGGCGAAGACGGCUGCCUAAUUUGGGCCUUGCGUGUAGUACUUUGAACUCGAUUUUAUCGCCAGAACGUUUCACGUCGGAUGGAGACGCGAUGGACAGUGGUCAUCAACAGGUAGAAGAAGGUCAACAUGUAGAAGCUGAACCCCAGGAGCAAAGAAAAUCAUCUUCAUCAAAGUUCACAUCAACACUUCUCGCCGCUAAAAGUACAAAGACUACGAAGACUAAAAGUAGUAUUGGUGUGCUGCCAACACCUUCUAGAAGAAAACUACGAAAGAUUAUAGCGUCCCAACAAGAGGAGGCGAACAAGGAGAAAGAGCAGACUAGUUGUAGUCCUCGUCUUGCUGAUCGUGGUGACCACGCAUAUGUAGGAGAGCCUGACGUAGGAGAGGUAAAAGUAGUAAGAGAACCUUCUACUGAAAGGCCAAAAGUUUCAGCAGUCGGAGAAGAUGAUUUGACGCCUACGGAGUUGAAAAACUUUACGGGACACUACUAGAAGGAGGUGACAGCCCCAUACAGUCAGACCGCUUAAGCGAUACCCAUAUAUUUAUAAUAAUGUGGCAUCAGCAAUAAUAUCAUAACCUGCCUAGAAAAACAUCUUCUAAUCGCUUAGUUUUUGCUUUGUUCAAUGUGGAUUCCCAAAGUCACGAGAGGCAACCUCUGCGUGCCGUAUGGCAGGUCAUAGAGGAACGGAGCGGAGGGCUACUUCUUCUGGACAGUAUGCGGAGACGGGAAGAUGAAACGAAGAAGCAAGAUAUAGAUCUAGAAGUACAACUCGGUUUAUUACGCUUAGAAGGGGCGGAGAAAAAAACUACGAGUCCAUGUUGUGGUCCUCUACCUUCUGCUUUGUCUUCAUCUGAACACCAUGAAGAGGAUCCUGGUCUUGCACAGCAGGAUCAUCGUCAACAAGCCUCGCCAAAAUCAUCGUCUUCUUCAGCAUGUCCGAAACAAGACGACAGCAACCCUGAAGUAAACCAAGCAGAGGACCCUGGAGCACUACCAGAUGAGCAGGAGCAUAAGUCUAGAAGUAGCGUAGAUGUAGAAGUAGAGCAAUUAGACCCUGGUAGUGCCUCACUUGCCCCAUGUGAAACGUUGUUGUGGAAGAUGCAGGUGGCUGAAGCGUAUUUCCGGUCCCCGCACUUGGUCCAGUAUACAAUCCCAGAGCAACCACUGGAACCAGGACAGUGUAUUCAGUUCAAAUACAAGCACCGAACGUCGUACAUAACUGAAGUCCCAGAAGAUGCUCAACCUGGUGAAGUACGACUACACAAAAUGACCAAGAAUGGACCUUUACCACUAUCUCGUGGUGAUGCGGAAUUAAAGAUGCUUGAAAGACCAGAAGUAAAUCGGAGGGACCUGUAUUUUUUGCAUUGUUGUUGCUGUAUUUAUAGAGAUGAUCUCCUCUUUAUUUCUAAUAUUAAGUUUCUUCUUGGGCAUUCAGCAGGAGCUUUCAAUUCCACUCGGAAUGUCCUCCUUAUUCCAGAUAGGUAUUGCGCGGUCCUGCUAUCAGAAACUUCGCCACUCUUUUUUAGUAGCUUCAUUGAGAAAUUUGUAUUUGGAUUAGACUACAAACAAACAAACACCAUUAAAUUCAACAGAAUGGAGCAGCUUCGGUCUGGGUGCCGUUUGUGCCGACGGGAAGGACAAACAAUAGAAGACUUGGUGACUUCAUCUGAAUGGCACGAAAGGAAUCGGGAAUUAGCUGAAAUGUACUCUGCCUUGUGCGGUCAAGCCAUGGAUUGUCUGUUAGCGACAGUGCCUGAAGACACCGAAUUACCAGGUGAGGCAGAGGAGGAGCUGGAUUUACUGUUGAAACAAGGGAGUGGAUGA